AUUUUAUUUGUUGCUUUCAAAAGUACAUUUUUUCGUCGUUCUAGAAAUCGCAAUGAAAUUCUUUUCUUUAGUUUCUUUAUCAACUAUGGUAUUUAUGGUCAUCCAUAAUGAUCAUUACUUGACAAAGUGUAUAGCCACGUCUGGCGUUCCCGAAUCUUUGGGUGAUGCUAACAAGCAAGACGAAUCUUCCGAUGGUGCUGACCAGCUAGAAAAUGGAAAAUAUAGCUCUUCUAUAUGUGGAUGUUGUAAAAAACCACUAACGGUAUCAGAAAUGAGAAUGUUCACCUGUGGUCAUACAUUAUGUGAAAGAUGUGUCAAUUUAUCUCUUAAAUUAUAUCAGAAAUAUUGUCGAUAUUGUGAAGAAAAUAAAAAAACAAAUAAAAAAACAAAUAAUAGCAAAAAUAAUGAAUUUAUCCGAGAUUGCUUAUAUUACAUAUACGGAAGUAAAGAAAAUUAUAAAAUUAACUAUGCGACACAUGAAUACAUAGAGCAUUUAUUAUCUUCUAAUAAUUAUGAUCUUAGCAACAGUGAUAUUCUUGAGCUAAAAAGAAGAUUUAGUGGCGAGUAGUGUAAUUUUAUAAAAAAUAUAAAAAUACCGUACAUAAAUUUAA